AUGCCGUGGCAAUCGUUCAUUCCUUGGUCGAAUUCCUUAAAAACACGUGCUUGUCGUCAAUUAAUACAUCAUUAUUUAGGUGUAUUUUUCCAAGAGAAACUUUCACUAGAUCAAUUAUCUGUUGAUCUGUUCUCGGGACGUAGUCAAGUUAAAGAUGUUAUUCUAAAUUUAAACGCUUUGAAUGAAUCAUUAACGAAUAAUAAUAUUCCACUUGAAAUAGUUAAAGCAUAUGUUGGAGAAAUCAAUUUGUCAAUACCAUGGACAUCGUUGCUGCGUGACAAUUCUACAUUAGACAUUAAAGAUUUAGAGAUAACUAUACGACCAAAACAGACUAAUGAUCAAAAAUUAACGGAUGCUGGUUUUGAAUUAUCUACUAUGUUUAACAGUAUGAAUACGAGUAUGCUUAUUGCACAAGAAUGUUUAAAAAAUGAAACCGAAGAAGAUACGACGUAUCAAGGCUUGGAAACAUUCGCAGCAACUAUCGAUUCUAUCCUUGCUCGUGUUCGAGUAACACUAACAGACACUGUUAUUCGCUUAGAACACCUUAUUAAUGAUGGCGAGAAUGGUGUUGCACUUGAAAUUCGCAUCAAAAAAUUCGAAUAUUUUGACAGUGAAGCAACAAGUAUUGAUAUGACAGUGGCACUCGAUUCAAAUGCUUUAAUACGUCCAACUGUAUUUACUAAUAAAAAUUUUGUAUUAAGUGGUGUAACACUUUAUACAGAUGAGUUUUCUAUAUUUAAAAAUUCUUCGAGUAUGACUGAGUCAUCCGUACUCAAUUUAUCAAACCGUUUGAUAGCUGAUAGUAUGAUGACAAGUGUCUUAACAAAUAGUUCAUCAGGAAUGAUGACAACAACUACCGGUGGAAAUACUCGAAUGGUUGGAUAUGAAACUUUUGAUCCAAUCUUAUGUUUAACUAUAUCCGGUAAACAAGAUAUUCGCCUUAAACUGAAACAAUCAGAACAAAUAUUUGGACCAAAAGUGGAAAUUGAAGCAGGUUGUGGCUCAGUAAAUUGUUUAUUAACACCGAAGCAAUUGCAAUCAUUAACUAUUCUAUUGGCAGCAUAUCAAAAAGCUGCACUUCAUUCAACAAGUGAUCCUGCUUUAUACAAUACAUCCUAUGGAAAUACUCGUCGAAUGACGGAAGAUGAUUUUAAACGUAUAGAACAAAAUGCAGCAGAAGAAAUUCGCAGAAAAAACUGUCAAAUGAGCGCACAACAAUACGAUGAUGAUAAUUAUCAUUAUGCCGAUCUUGAUAAUACGGCAGAUCCCUCUGAAUCAAUGUUUUGUUCAGUUGAAGGAAUGUCGCUUAGUAAUGAUCUUACAUCAUCAUACACAAGUAGUCGGCCUGAUUCGAUAUCAACUACAAGUCAUCGUUAUCGUCGAUCAUCAUCACAUCAGCAUUCAUCAUCAAAUCAACCGACAACUGAUAAAACACGUUUAAAAGAACAAGCAAAACGUCUAUUUGAGCAAGGUCGAUCAAUAAUUAGUAUGAAAUGCCGCUUUCAAUUUAAUUUUAUCUCAUUAUGUUUACUUCAUCGUGAUAUUCAAACGAGUUCAACAUCGUUGCGAGAAUUUUCCGAUGCAUAUUUUUCAAAUAUAUCAACAAUAAAUACAUCAGGAAUACUUGAUGAUAGACAAAUAAAUGAGUAUAGAUUAAAAUAUUCACAAGCUUGUUUCAACGAUCAUUUAUUACUUCUUGGAAAACCACUAAUCAUUGAUUUCAGUCAACAAUCAGCAGAAAAUUGUCUUUCCUUAGAGUUGGAUAUACGUCUCAGUUCGGCUGAUUUAUGUGAAUGUUUACGUCCAGAAAAUACGAAUAUAAAACCAAACACUAUGAAUGACACUAAACAAAUGAUAUUUAAUCGAUUAUUGUCAUUUAUUCGAUCAAAUGAAACAAAUUUUGAUUCACUGUCAUCAUUUCAAGUGCCGUAUAACAGUGUUCAACCAUCAAUUCAAGUUUCUAUAAUGAAUUUUGAUAUUAAUCAAAAUAAAAAGAAAAAGUCUUCCAAUGCCUUUACUCGUAAUCUUGCUGCGUUAAGACCAUUUACUGAUGUUAAUAUUCGUCUGGGAUCAUGUCAGAUUGACUUUGAUAUAUCAAUUAUUGAUCGAAUUUAUUCAUCGAUAAACGCUUGUCAAGCAUAUAAUUCUCCAUCGACAAACAAUAAUGCAAAUGAUUCAGUUUCAAUGCUAACAGUUAGCUCUCCUAAUUGUAUUCUUAAUUUAAGAUUUCCAAUAGCUGAUUUACAACCAUUAAAUAAACGUCGACCAUGGUGGAUUCAAUGUGUUCAAAAAGAAAUAUUAGUAUUUGAUUUAAAACAAGUUCAAUUUCAAUCGAAUUUCGACAAUAAUGAAUCAACAACAUUAACAACAACCAGUGACUCGAUUCAAGUUUACUAUAUGAAUAAUAGCGAUGCUGAACGAUCACAAAUUGCACAAUUAUCAUCAAGUAAUGGCAAAGUAAUUAAAAUAACCGUCAAUAUAAAUGAUCUAAAAGAUUUUGCAAUGAAUCAAUUAAAUAAUAAUCCGAUGACCGAUACCUUAUUCGACUCAGUUUUUUGUCGUUUACCAACAAAUGAUAAGAAACUACCAUUAAAAAAUAAAAAUACAUUAAAUGAUAAUCGUCAAGUACUUGAAGUUGCUGAUGCCGAAACCAUUCAUGAAUUCAUCACAUCCUGUAGUGAAGAAACAAAAUUAUAUCUACAUAUAAGUAUUCCCUAUGUAUUCAUUUAUGUACCUGAUCAAGUAUUUCUUGAUACCAUCUAUAAUCGCUUUGUAAAUAACUUAUUGAUGUGGGAACGUUCGGUACCUGUAAACAAUGAUAUUCCUGCUCAUAUGUUUGUAACAGCAAAUAAUUUCAAUAACCAAUUAACUAAUUCCUAUCGAUACACAUCACCAGAGCAACUUGAUCAAACAUUUCAAACAUGUCAAUCAAUUAAUAGACGCUAUACUAGUCAGUCAUUUGAUAAUGAUCAAAUUUUGUCCGACGACGAUGAUGAUACUGAUGAAGGAGGACUAACACCGAAAGUAUCAAAGAAAAAAGGACCCAAUGAACUUUUCAUGCGAUUUGAUGUACAAGAUAUUCACCUAGCAUUGAAUGCGCCUAUGGGUGACAAAACUUUAAAAGAAUCUCGUACAUCUAAUUCGAAUAUUGGCGAAUUUCGAAUUGAUGCUCAAGGUUUAACACUUGCAUUUGUCGAUGGUUAUCAAGGUGAUGUAAAUCUUCAAUAUUUUUGUUUUCUAAGUCAAUCAGCAUUACUCUUUCAUAAUGGACAUGGAACAGUUAUGAAAUCGAAUACGUCUUUAAAAGAAGUUCUUAGUCGAUCAUUACCAGAAUUAAUAACACGUUUACCAUCGGAUGCAUUUCCAAAAUAUAAUAACAAUGGAACGAUGGUUCGUGCUGCUUACGAAAUUCGUACAACUGGCGAUCGAGCUGAUGGUAAACAAAAAAUAAUUCGUGGCUCAUUGACAAUUGAAGGUGCUAUGCUUCAUCAAAGAAUAGUACCAAAAACUGAAAGCUGGCUUUUACAACUUAUUGAAUUAUUUGAUUUGGUUGAUGAAGAUAUUCCUGGUUAUAUACCAACAACUGCUCUUGUUGAAUGGCAUUUAGAAUUUCGUCAUUGUGCUAUUCAUUAUCGUCCAUUAUAUUUUGAUUCGAAAUGUUUUGUUGCUAUUGACUCAUUAACAUUAACGAAUACAUUUGUUAAGAACAGCAAAACAACAUUACUUGAACUCAAUUUGGAUGAUUGGGCAAUUUAUUUAUCGAAACAAAAACAUGAUCGAUAUAAAAUUGAUUUACUAAAUGAUUAUAUUUGUAUUAUUAGUGGUGGUGCGUUUGAGAUAAAGUUAUGUUUUAAUGAACCAGUUGAAAAUACAGCGAUGAUGGAUCCAUUAGUUGAUAUACGUAUUGCAUGUAAUAUGAUACAUAUUCGAUCGUGUUCGGAUUCAGCAAAUGCUUUGAUUGAAUUAUUAAAAUAUGUUAUAACCGACGGUGAUCUUCAACAGCCGACGAAUGAAAUACGUCGCAGUAGUACACCAGUUGAAAGAAAAAGAAAUGAUCGGCCAGUUCGAUUAUUAAACGACGAUACAAUCAAUAAUGAACAAUUAACAAUUGAUGAUACAUCAAAUCAAAUGCUAUUAAUUGAAGAUGCCAUGAAACCAAUAGGUUCAUUAGAUCGAUCUGUUAUUCAGUCUGAAGAUGAUGGAAAUGUUCUCUCCAAUAGUCAUUCUGAUGAUAUUGAACGUGGCUCAGUAUUUGCGUCGUCAUCAUUCGAUAAAGAUGAUGAUUCUCCGCUAUUUAAUCAGCAGCAGAUGAGAAAUAUUGGAGAAAACAAUGGAGGUUUUGAAUUUAUUGAUCGUGAAAUUGGAAUGUGUCGACCCCCCAAAAAUGGUGUUUGUGAAGUUCAUGUAUUGAGCGACACAGCAGUACAAAUUCAUGAGAAUUAUUUUGCAAAACCUUUAGAAAGAAAUGAUAUACUUAAUGCUCCAGCACAUUUACCGGUUCCAACAUUAAGAUUUUCUAUUCGACAAAUUUCAAUUGUUUGGCAUAUUUAUGGUGGAAGUGAUUUUGCAACACCAAAACCAAACGAUAGCCACGAACAGCCAAUUCAAUUGAAUAUUAAUGAAUCUGCACGAUUUUCGUCAUCGGCAGGUUCAUCGCCAACACAAGAAAAAGCCGGCGGUCGCUUAUAUAGUUCAUAUGAUACAACACGUGUCGCACGUCAUGAACGUGGUGGACCUUGUCGAGAUUUACGCACAAGCAUGGAAUUUUGUAUUAGUAAAGCAAGAUGUCAAUAUGAAACAUAUAGUGAACAAGAAAAAGUUUCAUCAAGAUGUGUAUUUGCCAUACAUGAAUUUGAAAUUCGUGAUCGUUUAUUAGCAAGAUCAGAAAUAAAUAAAUUUUUAUAUUUAUAUACAACUGAAGCUGCACCAAGACGAACAUAUGCUGAUAUGUUGGCUGUAAAAAUUCUUAUUACAAAACCUGAAGGUUACGUGAUGAAAACUGCAGAUGAUGAUUUUGAAAAUAGUGUUGAAUCAAAAUCAUCAUCAGAACCACUGGAAUGUGAAAUAAAAGUAUCAUUACAACCAUUGAGAAUUAACAUUGAUCAAGAUACACUUGUAUUUAUGAGAAAUUUUUUUGUUAAUUUAACAAAUACUACAAAUAAUAGAGAAAUAUCAGCAGCAAUAUCAGUGACUGAGCAAAAUCUAAAUAGUACAACUACUGAAUAUCCAUUAUCAUCAUUAGAUUCCGAUCUAAGUUCAUCACCAUUGUCACGUACUACAUCGUCUCCAACAUUAAACGCAACAACAACAGCAACAACAACAAACGACUCAUCACAAUCAUCGAGUUCAUCUGUGUUUAUAAAACAUUUUGUUUUUUCACCUGCUUGUACAAUUCGUAUUGAUUAUCAUGGAAAAUUACGUAAUGAACAAUUGUUUGAAUCAGGACCUCUUUUACAUUUACUUAUUGGCUUAGCACAAUUAGCUAAAGUUGACAUUUAUUUAAAACGAAUAUCAUAUAAAAAUGGUUUAUUGGGUUAUGAAAAAUUGCUAAGAUUUCUAUUAAAUGAAUGGUUAAAUGACAUACGUCCAACUGAUGUCAUCAAAGGCAUUGUACCAUUAUCAUCUAUAUCACAAAUAGUUAUUGGUAUAAAAGAUUUAUUUUAUUUACCAAUUGAUCAAUAUCGUCGUGAUGGCCGAGUUUUUCUCGGUAUACAACGUGGUGCAUCAUCAUUUACGACAAGUACAGCUUUGGCAUUAAUUGAAUUAAGUAGCCAACUUGUACGUUGUGCUCAUUUGGCUGCAUUAUUAUGUUUUGAACUUGUUUCAUCUUCAACAACACUAAACGAUGAACCAAUAUCUACAUCGUCGUCAGCGUCAUCAUCAUCACAAGCAAUCAUGGUACGAAAUCAUCAACCACCCAAUGAUAUACGUGAAGGUGUUACCUAUGCAGUUAAUGUUUUUCGACAAAGUUUUAAUACAACAUCACAUCAAUUAAAAACUGAAGCACAAUUAGGACGACGACGAAAAGGCUUUUUAGGUGUUGUUGGCGGUUUACUAAGACAAAUGCCAUCGGUUGCUAUACAACCGAUUGUAACAACAACAAAAGCAGCAGAGAAUGUACUUGUUGGAGUUAGAAAUCAAAUUGAUCGUGAUAAAAGAAACGAUGAUAAAGAAAAAUAUCGAAGUGAAUAA